UCGCCUCUUCCUCUUCUUCGUUGUUGGCGCCGCUCUCUGCUCUUGAGGGACUUCUUCUUCUUCUUCUCCAUCUCUGUGGGGGGUUUCGGUGCUCCAUCAUGAUGGUGAGGAAGCCAUGAGGAGGCCAUGCCGCUGGACCACGCCGCCUGCUGCGACCUGCUCUGCAGCGAGGACGCCAGCGAGCUCGCCGACGACAACGGCGGCGAGGCCGCUGCGUGUCCGACGUACUCCGCGUUCCCAGACUACUCGGACGAGUCCAUCGCCGGGUUCAUCGAAGCCGCCGCGGACUACUCCCCCGCCCGCGACUACCCCGACCGCUUCCGCUCCAACUCUCUCGACUCCUCCGCUCGCCAAGAAGCCGUCGCCUGGAUCCUCAAGGUGCACUCAUACUACCAUUUCCGUCCGCUGACGGCGUAUCUUUCCGUGAACUACAUGGAUCGGUUCCUCUCUUCUCACCGUCUGCCUCAAAAUGAAUGGGCAUUGCAACUUCUCUCUGUGGCAUGCCUCUCUCUGGCAGCAAAGAUGGAGGAGACAUUGCUUCCAUCUUUAUUAGACUUGCAGGUUGAGGAUGCAAAGUUCAUUUUUGAGCCUCGGACCAUUCUCAGAAUGGAGCUUCUUGUGUUGACUGCAUUGAAUUGGAGGCUCCGAUCUGUGACGCCUUUCACUUUCAUUGAUUUCUUUGUACACAAGAUCGAUCCAGUAGGAAAAUACACGCGAUAUUUGAUUGCCUGGGCCACUGAAAUUACGCUCGCGACGAUGAAAGAUAUACGUUUCCUGAGUCACUGCCCGUCAUCACUUGCUGCAGCUGCUAUAAUCCGGGCAACUGAUGAGAUUAAGGGUCUGGGUUCCAUUAACGCGGAAACUGCAGCAUCUUGGUGCAUAGGAUUGACCAAGGAAGGGAUUACGAACUGCUACCAAUCACUGGACAAAGAUCCACAUAUGGUACUUUCACAACUAAAAGUGGCCUCGUUGAUUGACAGUGAGCAAAGGGCCUCUUCUCCAUCUAACAAAAGAAGGAAACUGAACAACUGCCCAAGGUUGGACAAUGGGCAGUAGAGCUGAUAAAAUCAAAUAAAAUUUUCCUUUUUCUUCAAGGGUUUUAGGAAGAACAGCCAAAUGUUGCUAUAAGGUGUAGGUUUUUUUUCUCCUUCUUCUUCCUUUUUGGGAUUUGCAGAUUCCUCAUCAUUUUUCAGAGUGGGGGAGGGGCUGGUCUGUGACAAUGUGCUAUUUUUUUGUUCUUUUUCUUGAAGUUCUUUCAUUUGUGGGGCUUUGCUAUUGAUGCAUAAGAUACAGUAGCAAAGUGUUUCAGGUCCUCAAGGGAGGGGGAUCUGAUCUGCCAUUGUGGUUUAAAAAAAAGUGUGAAGGACAGUCUUGUUUGUGUAGGUUGUGGGUGUUACCAAAAUCAAUGCCAAUGCCUGCAUUGAUUCUUGACUGAAGGACAUCAGCUGGUGGGUCUUCGUGCUGGUAACUUGUUCAUGGGCAAGCAAGACUACAAACUGUCAAAUUGAUGCCUGAGUCACGGUCGGCUGGACCGGCUGAUCAGUAUUCUCCUUGGCCUCUGAUAUUUGUUUCCUGUGUGAUUGUUCAUAUCAACCUGGAGGAAGGUGUCUGUUCAUCAUACUUCAGGCUACACAGCCUAUGGUUAAGGCUGCUAUGCUAAUCUUCUUUGUACAAAGGUCUUAGGGACCUUCUGAAUGUUGUGUUAUUCUAAACCAAUAAAAAGUUUACAUCUCUUCUGUUUACUGUUCAUGCAAA